AUGUCAGAAAACUCACAUAUCGUUACCAAGGAGGAGGCUGAAAAGCUAAGCAAUAUCUACUGUACCCCAGAACAUCUGUGGACCGGGCACAGUGCUAUUAAAUUACUCGCAAAGAAGAGCGCUCUACCCAAAAAGCUGGUAACCCACUGGCUAUCCCGUCAACUUCUGUGGCUACGGCACAUUCGGGGUCCUAAAAAGAUCAAUUAUCCGCAUUUUACCAUUACGACACCGAAUGAAAUGCAUCAAUUCGACCUGCUCUAUAUGCCUCACAAUAGGGUAUAUGGUAAUACGUACAAGUACAUUCUGACAGACAUUGACGUGGCUUCAAGGUAUAAAGUAGCAAGGCCGUUGCGCACAAGGAAAGCCGACGAGUUCGCGGGUAUGUUCAAAGAUAUCUACAAAGCCGGACCCUUACACUACCCAGUAACCUUCCAAUGUGACAAUGGUUCCGAGUUUAAAUCGGAUGUAACCAAGCUACUAGAAAGCAAAGGUGUAGAAAUUAGGCAGGCCACUGCCAAAUAUCACCUUACAUUUACGGCCUUCGCCGAAUCGUACAAUAAGGUCCUUGCGGAGAGACUCUUUAAGCCGCAAGAUGCCCAAGAGUUGGCUUCCGAUGAGAGAAGUACCAUCUGGGUCAAGCAUUUGUAUACCAUUGUGAAGGGUCUCAACAAUAUCAAGACUACAUGA